AUGAAACUGGCUCUGCUGGCGCUUCUCGUCUGUUGUUUAGCGUACGCCAAGGUCCAGGCCCAAAAUGUCUGUGUCCAGCGCAACUCGUGUUCUUGUGUCUUCCCGGAUAAGAGGGUGGUGGAUUUGUCUCCCUUAGCUUUCAACAAUGGAACACCAAGAUGGUCAAACUUAUGGGAUACAUACUAUACUAGCAGAUAUUCAUUCAACCCCUGUUACAACUUUACUGAAAACAACUGUACCGGUGUAUCGGUAUGCCGUUUUGACGGAGUUUUCUACACAAAUGUGGGCAGUCAGCAGUCGGCCAGUUUUGUCACAAACUCCACCAAUGGCCACCAGGCAAUCAUCUACAACAGCACAGAUAGUAGUAAUAAGACACGGACCACACGAGUGGAGCUAGUGUGUAUCUAUGAGGGACCGGACACUCUGACUGUCGUUGGAGAAACUGAUCCGAACUAUUACGUACGUGUAUAUUCACAUGCACGGAUAACACUUUUGUGCUUAGCAAUAACAUCCCCCCCCCCCCAUGGCUAUUGUUGCACUAACAGCUUUUCACUUACUUU